CUUCACUGCCAAACCGAAGCCUUGUUCACACUUCAUAGUCCUCUUUCUCUUUCCUGUGUAGAAUGCAGCACUAAAACCAUUUUCUGUCUAUCAGCGCCACUAACCGGAAAAUGGGCAAAGCCACCAGGUGGUUUCGGGCCAUUUUGGGCCUGAAGAAGUCCGACACGCCGUCUUCACAAUCCACCACUGCCCGUUCCAAAGAGAAGCGUCGGUGGAGCUUUGUCAAAUCAUACCGGGAAAGAGAAAACCACAUCCACAACAACGCAACUGCCAAAACAGGUUCUCUGUACGCGCCAGAGGCUGUGACAAUCCAGGAGUACGAGAAAAAGGAUGAAGAGGAGGACGACGCGAACAACCACGCGAUCGCAGUGGCGGAGGCGACAGCCGCGGUUGCGGAAGCUGCUGUUGCCGCGGCACAUGCGGCGGCGGAAGUAGUUAGGCUUACCAGCAGUGGCCGGUGCACGACUAACAAUCACCUUAUGUCGUACGCUAGCGGGAAUCUCGGGGUCCCAACAGGAUUCGAAGCGUCGGCCGUUAAGAUACAAGCCGUUUUUCGAGGCUACUUGGCAAGGAAAGCAUUGCGAGCGUUAAAAGGAUUGGUCAGGCUUCAAGCGUUAGUAAGAGGUCACAUUGAGAGGAAACGAACUGCUGAUUGGCUGCAUAGGAUGCAGGCAUUGAUGCGAGCCCAGGCACGAGCUAGAGCAGGUCGAGUCAUGACAGUGGUCGAGUCCUCCCAUUCAAGUAGCAAGUCGUCUCAUUUGUACCAACCUGGUCCACCAACCCCUGAAAAAUUUGAGCGUCUCCUUCGAGCCAAAGGGACCAAUUGUGAACGGCCAUCACUGCUCAAGAAGAAUGGGUCAAAAUCUACUGGAAGGGUCAUUGUUGAUCAGGACAAACCACAAUCAGCUCCAAGCUGGUCCGAUCAGACGGAUGAACGAUUAUGUGACCAACGAAGGACCUCAACAAGAUCCAAAUCAGUGGAUGAUGAGAAUUGUGACAAGAUCCUUGAAAUUGAUCAUCUAAAAUCCCACUUGUCGAAACGCAAGAACCUCUUCCAUUCUUCUCCUCACUUAGCUGUAGCUUCGGAGCAAUAUAGUCGUAGCUUCACUGCUUCGAAAGACACCACAACCCAUCAAACUGUCCAAAGCUCAUCUUCUUGUGAAGUUCAAUCCGUAAGCUCCAUGAAACUCCCCAUCCAUGACGUGGACGAAGGCGAGUUCUGCACGGCUGAAAAUAGCCCCCAGUUCUUGACUGCAUCAUCAAGAGGUGGUUGCUCUAGAAGCCCAUUCACUACUCCAACUAAAAGUGAUGCUUCUAUUAGCUACCUGAGUGAGUUCUCUGACCAUCCUAACUACAUGUCCUAUACAGAGUCUUCGAAAGCCAAAGUGAGAUCCCUCAGUGCUCCCAAACAAAGACCUCAAUAUGAGAGAUCAAGCUCAACUAAGAGGUACUCAAUUCAUGGUUUUGGUGAAUUAAGGUAUAGUGCCCAGAGGACUUCUGCCCUGCAAGCAAAUUUUGCUAGUAAAGGAUAUCCUGGAUCGGGCCGCCUGGACAGGCUUGGAAUGCCUGUUGGAUACAAAUACUAGAGAGAAUGUUGUAGGAUUUCAUUUCUUUCUGUUUGACCUAAUCUUGCUAACCAUGUACUUGAGAUAUUAGGCCUGUUUCACCUUUGUGUUUGUGUUCAUACAUGUCAACUGCUCCAAGGUUACAAGAAUUUAUGUCAACUGAGGUAUCAGGCCUGUAAAAUCUUUCAGUGGUUUGAUUUUGCUUUAACAAAAAAUUGUUGAUUUGAUGUGGUUAAAUUAGCUGUUUGAAUGA